AUGAUCGUGCAAGGAAUAUGCCGUCCAAGCAAAAGCCCUUGGUCAUCACCACUUCACGUUGUACCGAAGAAGAAUGGAGAAUUACGAGUUUGUGGAGAUUACAGAAGACUGAAUUCUAUUACCACUCCUGACCACUAUCCAAUACCGCGAGUCAAGGAUUUUUUCACUCAUCAACUGUCAGACGAGACUAUAUUAUCCGCCAUCGAUCUCAACCGAUCUUACCAACAAAUAAAAACAGCAAUAAUUACUCCAAUGGGAUUAUUUGAAUUUCCAAGAAUGACUCCAGGACUGAAGAACGCUGGUUAA